AUGAUGAGAGCUGGGAGCUCCUCAUCGGCAUCUAGAUGCCAGGAAUGCGGGAAUCAGGCGAAGAGAGAUUGCGAGUACAUGAGAUGCAGGACUUGUUGCAAAAGUAGAGGGUUUCAGUGCUCAACCCAUAUCAAUAGCACUUGGAUCCCUCUCUCUCUUCGCCGUCCGAGGGAGUACUACUUUCAUCAUCCCCAUACAACACGCCAUAACCAACCAUUCAAUCUCUCUUCUUCCACUUCACCAGUGUUAGCCAUGCAAACGGGUGAUUUCCCAUCUGAAGUGAACACAACCGCAACAUUUAGAUGUGUUAGAAUGAUGUUGGAAGAUAACUUGGUCGAUCAAUGUGCGUACGAAACUACUGUGGACAUUGGAGGGCACGUCUUUAAGGGACUUCUUUAUGACCAAGGGCCAAUGCAAGAUGAUGAAAAAAAGAAUGAUGAAGAUCAAGAUCAAGAUGGAUGCUUCACUAGUAUUGGUCAUGUUCAUCGUUCCUCGGUCAUCCAGCAGCAGUUUCAACAUGAACAGGAACAUCAACAUCAAUCUUCGACGUCUAACCUCAACAUGACUAGUUCUCUUCCACCAGCAGCCAUCAAUUGUGACAUGGUCUCAUCCUCUCCAUAUCCAUGCCCAUUUUACCCCUUCAUGCCGGGUAUGCUCUACUUCCCCUGCCCCAAAUCCUAA